CCAGACAUGGUUACCUACUACCUACUAGUAGGAUAUCUAUUCGUAUUAGCAAUAUUCGUGCAAGGAGAAAAGACUUCUUCUCAAAAACAAAAUAAAACUGACAAAAGGCAGUUCAUAGCUUAUCCGGCUGGAACAUAUGAAGCCAAUCAGUUGAAUGACGGACAAGCAACUCCUUGCUGUCCGCAAGGGAUGUACUGUCCAGAUCGGCCACCAUGUUCUCCAAUGGUCACAAAAGCGCCUGCUCCUUACGUAGGGGUGGAUCAGGGCGUGGCUGGCUAUCAAGGAACAGCGGGUGCCUUUCCACCGCCUCCGACAAUGUUGCCUCAAGGGCAGGAGCAAUCUGAUGAUUUGCCACCCAACCGCAACGAGGUCUAUGAUGUUGAGGGGCAAAGUUUCAAAAGCGUUGGCUGUUGGCGGGACACAUGGGAACGCGCCAUACCAUCGCUGGAAGGAAAGCAUCCACUCCUACAAGAGCCAGACUACAAGGCAAGAACAAACGCUCUGGUAAAGUGCGCUAAGGCAGCCAAAGACUUUCAACUGAAGAUGUUUGCCAUCCAAAAUGGCGGUCAAUGCUUCGGUGGAAAGGAUGCUGAUAGAACUUUCAUGAAAUAUGGAGUCAGCAAAGCCUGUCGUGGUGAUGGUGAAGGUGGCCCUUGGGGAAAUGAAGUAUAUAGCUUCCUCUCUAGUGGAUCAGAGAAUGACGCAGCUAAGUCAAAGGCGAUGCCAAAUGCGACAGAGCAAAAAGAAGUCGUGAAGCCAACCGCCAGCCCUUUGGAAGACCUUCCACAUCCUACUAAUCCUUCUUUGGCAGUUCCUAUAGAUUUGGCUAUGAGUUCUAAGGCAUCUGGUAAACCUCCUGUGGUACUUAGAGAUCCAGGCUCUGAGAUGUCCGAAUCAGCUCAUGUUAAUAGUGACCCCAUAAGUAUAGACGAAAAAAAGUCUAACAACAAGGUGCCACUAAGUGAUGAUGAGGAAGACCCCCUUAAGCCAACUCAACUGCCAACUAAAGCUACUGAAGAAGAUGUUGUGAUAGUUAAUGAGGAUAAAGAAGCUGAAAGCCAUGAACAUGAAGCAGGCAGUACCCGUGCCACGCCUACUGUAGCCAUGUCAACUGCAGCCAUACCCACGAAAGCUGUGAAUCCAACACAAGCUUCUGAUGAAAAUGUUAACAUGGUUGAGGCUCUCAAGAAGGAGGCUGGAAACAAGGAAUAUGAGGAUAAUCACGUGACAGCUAAACCCACGGUAGCAAGGCCAACCGCAGCUGUGACUCCAACACACCCUACUGAGUCACACGACGUUGAAGUCACACCUACCGAAAGUGCUUCCCCAUCACUUUCCGAUAGCGUCCAGCUAGACAAGACUGUGGAAGAAAGUACUAGUGGCAAAAAGGAGACUGGAAACAAGGAAUAUGAGGAAUAUAAUCACGUGGUAGCUAAACCCACUGUAGCUAGAUCAACCGCAGCUGUGGCUCCAACACACCCUACUGAGUCACACGACGUUAAAGUCACACCUACUGAAAGUGCUUUCCCAUCACUUCCCGACAGCGUCCAGCUAGACAAGACUGCGGAAGAAAGUACUAGUGGCACUACGGAUUCUUCAAACAAAGUUCCCAACAUGGAUCAAGCUGAUGAUCUUCAAGAUAAUUUCCUUGACGUAAACAAAGCUAAAGAUCAUCUUGAAGAGCCUGCAAAAUCCGACGUGAAGGAUGAACAAUCUGCCCUGGACAAAAAAGUUCAUGAUUACCCUGGCUUAGAGAUGCUACCGAUUCCACACGAGAAUGCAGGAGGCAGAAACGAUGUUCCGAGGGCAAAGCCCAACAAGAAAGGUGUAACUGCAAGCCCUAAAACAAUCAAGCGUAAAGUUGUUACUGCUUCAAGUAGCAAGCGAGAAGAUAUGGGUUUAGAGGAGACCAAGGAUGAGUCGUUUCCUCUGCCGGUCAAUUCUACAGUAAACAAGAACAUGACGUUGGAUCUUGAAGCUUUGAAUGAAAAGCCUGCCCAAGAAGAAACUUCGAAUGCAGCGCCUGUUUUGGAAACGGUCCUUGAAAAAAACAGUGAUCAUCAUGAUUCCUUGAGUUCAGCUAUUGCACAAGCGGAAAAAGAAGCAGAUUCAAAAGUAGGACAUCACAUCCAACUACCCGGCUCAGAAACGGAAAGUCAUGAAGCCUUUGAUAGCGUAAGCCCAUCUGAUUCCUUGGAAGAAAACACCAGCCCACAAGAUUCAUUAUUGUCAAGCGAAGAGGCCGAGCCUAGCGAACAAGAUCAUGACGCUCCAAGCUCUUUUAACGAAAAGUUCGACACGAGUCCAAUAAAAUUCAGAAGACCAAUAAAACUAAUCCAAAGUAUCUGCCCACCUUGUCCCACAAGAAAGCCAACCGCGCCAUCAACCUGCAGAGCACCAUUAGAUAUUGUAUUUCUUGUGGAUGGUUCCAAGAGUGUGGAACGCCAUGGAAUUGGGAAUUUCCGGAGGGAGAUCACCAUGAUCCAGCACUUGACUGCAGGAUUUUUGGUAUCUCGUACCUACGCACGUAUAGGUUUGGUGGUUUUUGGCACUCAUUCAAAGGUUGUAUUUGGCUUAAAUGGCUACAGAAAUAAUGGAGCAGUUUUUAAUGCAUUGCGCAGAUCUAUUAGAAACCCACAGUCUGGAUCAAGAAUUGGAAGAGCUCUUUGGACGGCACGAAAGAUUUUUACUAGAAAUCCACGUCGAAGUAGUAGUACCAGAAUAGUUGUACUAUUGACUGAUGGCCGAUCUACAGAUGAUGUUUCUCGACCAGCUAGGAAAUUAAAAGCUAGUGGUGUAAAGAUUUUCUGCAUCGGUAUUGGCCGAUAUAUUAAUGGAAGACAACUGGAUACUAUUGCUUCUAUGCCGCGCAGAACUCACAUUUUCACUGGUGAUUGGGCUCACUUACAAUUUAUUGUAAACCCAGUCAGAGAUGCUAUCUGUCUUGGAAGUGGUGGAGCUCUGAUCCAUGCUACGCGUAAGAUAUGUUUGUGUCCACUCACAGGGCCAACAGCCAGGCCUCCAGUCACAACGCCGACCAAAAGAAAAGAAUUCCCAAAAGUGCUGGCUAUUUAUCCACUUAGCAAGGUGACCAAGGGUCGUGACAUUACAUCCCCACCCAACCCCUCAGGAGUACCACGCGAUGUACGUCCAGCACCAGGUCCCGAUGGUCUUCCCGAUGGCUCAACCUUCUUCUAUGGCCGAAAAACAAGUUAUAUUGAAUUCCCCAACCGGGGAAGACUCGAUGCAACUUAUUCCAUGACCAUAGUUGCUUGGGUGUACCCACAAGGAUCCGGUCCUAUAUUCCAUUAUACUCCUGGGGGCGUCAGAUUCUGGGUGAUCGGGCGUAAUUCUCUACAGGUCACCUUCGUACGCCGUACUGGUCGCUCAACAAGACCGCUCAUCGGUAGAGGGCUUAAACCUAAUCAGUGGAACUACGUUGCUGCUACCUAUGAUGAAAAAACUGGUAUCGCCACUCUCUGGAGGGACUCUAUACCUAUAUAUUCCAGGAAUAUUGGAAGGAUCCGUUUAGCGACGAAUCGUCCAGUCAGGAUGGGAGCGCUGAGACUUGAUAUGAGAUACUUCCGUGGAAGAAUUUCCUGUGUCCAGGUAUACAGUGUGGCAAUGAAAGGUCCUGAAAUCAAUGCUGUCAAGAAGAUUUGCUUCAGAGCCAAACCAACCACAAGGCCAACACCUCGACGAAUCCUCCCCCCUGCGGUUGCUUUCUACCCACUCACCAAGGUGUACAGAGCAGUAGAUGUCAGCAAAAGCAGAAAUCCACCAGGUAUCCUUGGCAACGUCAGACCCGCUCCAGGACCCAACGGUAGACCUGGCGGAUCAUACAGAUUUUGGGGCAACAGAAACAGCUAUAUACAUUUUCCAAACCGUGGAAGAUUAGACACCAGGAAUUCAAUCACUUUACUCGCUUGGGUUAAUCCCGAGGGAUUAUCUGGACCAAUUUUCAACUAUAACCCACGUGGCUGGGGUGUUCAUUUCUGGAUCAUUCGUUCGAAUACAUUAUUCGUUCGCUUUGUAACACGACGACGUAAGAUGACAAAACCGCUUAUCAGCGCCAAAGUACGCCCAAGGGCUUGGAACUUCGUAGCCGCAUCGUACGAUCAUCGUGCUGGCGUCGCCAAACUCUAUAUAGAUGCAGUUCUAGUAUCUCAAACUAGAAUCGGUAAAAUCCGUCUAUCAACAAAUUAUCCAUCCAGGAUGGGUGCGCGUAUUGGUGACAAAAGAAACUUCCGCGGACGAAUCACUUGUAUGCAGGUCUAUGAUGCUGCUUUGUAUCCAAGUCAAAUUAGAGAAGCUAGGAGGCUUUGCUUUAAAGCGUGGCCGACUCCAGGACCCAUACGACCAACAACUAAACCUACCAGACCACUUCGUAUUCCACCAGCCAUGGGCAUCUAUCCUCUCAAUGGCAUAUAUCGAGGUCGUGACAUUGGACGCUACAAGAACCCCCCUGCUCGUCUCCAUAACCUAGUCUCAUCUUCUGGUCCCGAUAAGCUACCCGCGGGAUCCUUCAAAAUCCGCGGGUUACCUAACAGCUACAUCAAAUACGUUGGUAAACUCGACACAGUUGAUUCUAUAACAGUUAUCUUCUGGCUUAAACCCGAGAGCAGUGGUCCAGUUUACGUCUAUAAAACAGACGGUUCUGGCUUUGGAAUUGAAAUGAUUGCAACCAAUACUCUGGAAGUUCGGUUUGUGUCGCGCCGAACGAAGCGUGCACAGAAAUUGAUAAGUCGCCGCAUCCGAGGCAGAAGAUGGAACUACAUUGCGGUAACGUAUGACAGGAGAAGUGGUCUAGGAACAAUCUGGAGGGAUUCCGUGCCAAUCGCACAGAGAAACGUUGGACGAUUUCGACUCGCUACCGAUAGCACCGCCUUCACUGGAAGGAAACCACGAAACAGCAAGUACUUCCGUGGACAGAUUUCAUGCUUACAUGUGUAUCAUGUGGCUUUGAAUGGCUACCAGCUCAGGCAACUUAAAAAGUCUUGCUUUAGAGCUAAGCCAACAACCAAGCCAACACCCCGAUUGCCUGUAGUAUUGGCUGUAUACCCAUUCGAUAAGUCCACUCGUGGUCGUGAUGUUGGUGGUCGGCGCAGUCCAACUGGGAGGUUCAGUCAAAUCGGAUUCACCGAUGGUCCCUUUGGAUGGCCAGAGACUUCAAUCAAGUUCUAUGGCAAACGUACAAGUUAUGUCGAAAUUCCAAAUCGCAGCAUGCUUGACGCUCGUAACUCCAUCACCAUCCUAGCAUGGAUCUACCACAGUGGACGAAGCGGUCCCAUCAUCAACUACAACCCAGGCCCUCGCUGGGGAGUCCAUUUCUGGAUGACGUCACCCAAGAACAUUUUCCUUCGCUUUGUUCGACGAAAUGGUGCAAUGACGAGCCCUUUGAUUGGGUUCAAUCGAGUCAAAUUCCGAGCUUGGACAUACGUCGGAGCCACAUACAAUAAGAAAACUGGUGUGGCUAUACUUUGGGUCAAUGGAAAGCCUAUCGUACGUAAGAAUAUUGGUAGAAUCAUCUUGGCAACAAAUGCACCAAUCAGAUUGGGAGCCAAGAUCGGUGAUCGCCGCUACUUCAAUGGGCGAAUUGCGUGUGUGCAAUUUUACAGCAUCGCAAUGAAUGCACGUCAAAUUAAACAAGCCAGAACGAGAUGUUUCAAAGGACCUCCCCCAACACCCAAACCAACUGGCACUCAACCAAUACCAGUUUGUAGGUCUCGUGUGGAUCUGGGUUUUCUUAUCGAUGGAUCAGGAAGUAUCGAACGUCUUGGGCGUGGCAACUUUGCACGAAUCCUGAAUUUUGUUCGCAGCAUAGUCAAAUCAUUACCCAUCGGCCGCUCAAAGACUCGCGUUUCUGUAGCCGUCUAUUCUACUCGCCCUUACCUUAUCUUUGGGUUCAGGCGAUAUUCUAGAACAAAUGCGAUCCUUAGAGCUAUUAGACGAAUUAGGUACCCCAGUGGAGGGACGAGAAUAGGCAGGGCUUUGACGUUUGCGAGUUAUAGAAUGUUCACCGGCCGAAAAGCCAGAGGGCGCAAGAGAGUCCUGAUCGUUCUUACCGACGGUAUCUCCCAGGACAGUAUCAUAUCACCAGCAAGGCGAUUGAAAAGUUCUAAGAAUGUAGAAAUCUUUGCUAUUGGUGUUGGUAGAAGGUUCAAGAUAAGACAGCUGCAGCGUAUUGCUUCCGAUAGAGGCCACGUGGUGACUUCAGGAUAUCGCAACCUGGGACGUAUUGUGAAGUCGAUGAAGGGAAGAAUUUGCUUCCCUGUAACACCCACAGUUAGACCAACAUCAGUACCUCAACCAGAAGCUCUAAUUAUCUACCCCUUGGACGAACGAAGAAGCGGGCGUGACAUCAGUAAAAGCAGAAACCCCAAUGCAAAACGUCGGGGUGUGUCCUUCGCAACAGGUCCUGAUGGAAGACGACGAGGUUCUACCCUAUUUACUGGACGGAGAUACAGUUACGUUGAGGUUCCCUACACCAGAAAAAUCGAUGCUAAAAACUCAAUGACUAUUCUUGCUUGGAUUUACCACACCGGAAAUUCUGGCCCGAUUGUGAACUACAACAGAAGAGGCUGGGGCGUCCAUUUCUGGAUGGUAGGAAGACGAAAGCUCUUUGUGCGCUUCGUCAGCCGUAGACGUAAAAUGACAGCACCCGUGAUAAGCAAUAAAGUGCACUUCAAGGCCUGGAACUAUGUUGGCGCUACGUACAACAAGAGGACUGGGGUGGCUAAAUUGUACAUCAAUUCUGUUCAAGUAGCUAGUAGACGGAUUGGAAAGUUUAGUCUGGCUACUAAUUAUCCAAUCAGAAUCGGUGCUCAGGAUGGUGAUGGACGCAGAUUCAAAGGUCGCAUUUUCUGCGUGCAGGUCUAUGGAACUGCCUUGAACUCUAAGCAAAUGAGGAAACUAUCAAAAAAAUGCUUCUUGAAAGGACCACCACCAACUACAAAGCCAACACCAACAAAGAAACCAACGCUGCCACAAAGACCCCCAUACACUUGCAAACGUCGUAUUGACCUCGGCUUCCUUCUUGAUGUUUCAUCGAGUGUCGGAGGUAGAAAUAUACGUUACGUCCGCUCAUUUGUCAAACAAAUGGUCCGACGAUUUGUUGUGUCGUCACGAAAAACACGUGUUGGAAUAGUAGUCUACUCAUCUAGGCAAACACGUCUUAUCAGCAUGGUACAAGCUAGGGGACGUCACAGUGUUAACCGGAUCUUAGGACGAAUCAGGAUCAUGCGAGGACGCAGACGAACCGGAAGUGCUCUCAACUACGCCAAGAGAUACCUGUUUACAGGAAGGCCCCAGUGUGGUAGAAAGAGRGUCCUUAUCUUAUUAACAAGUGGCGUGUCAGUGGACAGAGUCGUACGACCAACUAAAUCCCUAGUUGGAAUUGGUGUCGAGAUUUUUGCUGCUUGUUCGGAAUUGAUAGAUACUCUGUGCAAUCGUCGCGUCGACCUUGGUUUCCUCAUUGAUGUAUCAUCUCGUGUKGGUCGACACAAYAUCCGUAGCAUUCGUCUSUUCGUYAAGGACAUGGUGCGACGCUUUGUCGUAUCAUCUCGACAAACACGUGUGGGAAUCGUCAUCUAUUCGUCACGCCAGCAACGUAUCCUAAGCAUGACAAGAGUCAGGGGACGUGGCAGCGUGUAUCGAGUAUUGAGAAGAAUCAGACUGUUACGAGGACAACGACGAACCGGAAGUGCUCUCAACUACGCCAAGAGAUACCUGUUUGUAGGAAAACCCCAGUGUGGUAGAAAAAGAGUACUUAUUGUACUGACGGGCGGUGUAUCCGUUGACAGAGUAGUACGACCAACUAAAUCUCUGGUUGGUAUUGGCGUGGAGAUAUUUGCCAUAGUAACAAGUAGAGGAGGCAUGAGACAAAUGUAUCAGAUCGCAACCACCAGACAACACGUAACGUUUUCAUCAUACAGUUCUCUUGUUGCUAUUACUGAUCGCUUGAAGAACAAGAUCUGUGUCACACCAAAAGUUACUGUUAAAAAGGGUGCUGUUGCUUUGUACAAACUGACAAGUGCCACUGGUGCACGUGACACAAGUAGAAACAAGAAUCCCUCAGCCAAGUUUGUUGGUGUUCGUUACAUCACUGGUCCAGAUCGCCAUCCAAAGGGUGCUCUGUACUUCAAGGGUAGACGAAACAGUUACGUGUUGAUCCCCAACUCUGCUUCUCGAGUUGGCAGAAAGAACAUUCAAUCUAUCCGCAUGUUUGUGAAACAAAUGGUCAGACGUUUUGUUGUGUCGUCACGACAAACGCGUGUCGGAGUAGUAAUCUACUCAUCUAGGCAAAGACGUCUUAUCAGCAUGGUACAAGCUAGGGGACGUCACAGUGUUGACCGGAUCUUAGGACGAAUCAGGAUCAUGCGAGGACGCAGACGAACCGGAAGUGCGCUCAACUACGCCAAGAGAUACCUGUUUACAGGAAGACCCCAGUGUGGUAGAAAGAGAGUCCUUAUUGUACUGACGGGUGGUGUAUCCGCAGACAGGUUUGUACGACCAACCAAGUCUUUAGUUGGUGUUGGCGUGGAAAUCUUUGUUGUCGCAACCCAACGUCAAGGUUUCAGACAGAUGAUACAGAUGGCUACUAGCAGAAGGCACUUAAUCAUAUCAUCAUACACCUCUCUUGUCAAGAUCUUGAAUCCCCUGGUUACGAAGAUCUGCAACACUCCUCGAGUGACAGUCAAUAGAGGAGCAGUGGCCCUGUAUCCGUUCAACGGUGCAGUCCUCAAGAAAGACAUCAGCAGAAAUAAGAACCCACAAGCUGUAUUCUCUGGAAUCCGUUACGUCUCUGGUCCAGAUAACCAUCCUAAAGGCGCUAUCUACUUCAGCGGGAAAGUGUAUAGUCAUGUACGCAUCCCAAACACUGGUUGCUUAGAUACCGAACAGUCUAUCACAAUCAUGAUGUGGGUGUAUCCUGAAAGCAGUGGACCCUUGUUCCAUUACAAUCCUGGAGGGUGGGGAGUACAUCUGUGGAUGACAAAACCAAAUGAGUUAUUUGUACGAUUUGUUGGACGCAAAAGGAAACGAGUUCCUCAUAUCAUUAGCCGCGCAAUAACCCCACGAAAAUGGAACUUCAUCACAGCAACCUAUGAUGCUAGAACAGGUCUGGCUACUCUGUGGAGAAGCGCUGCACCUAUAGUUCAACGAAACGUUGGUAAAUUAUUUUCUGGUCUAGCCACGAAUUACCCAGUUGUUAUUGGUGUAAAACCCGGAGAUCGUCGUCGCUUCAGAGGUCGUAUUUCUUGUGUACAAGUGUUUAGGAGAGCUUUGAACGCAGCGGAGAUCAGAUCAAAAAUGAUGACGUGCUUCCGUCGUGUACCAACCCCUCCCGUCACAAAACCUACAAGACCAGUAUGCCAUGCUCCAUUGGACAUCGGGUUUGUGAUUGAUGGCUCAGGCAGCAUUGGAGAGAAGAAUUUCCAACUCAUCAUAGACUUUGUUAAAUCAUUCGUAAGUUCCUUAGCCAUUUCUAAACAAGAAGCAAGAGUAGGAGCAGUUGUAUAUGGCUCACGACCUAAACGCAUAUUGGGAUUUGAAGAGAACAAAUCUGUUGGACAAGUACUCAACAAACUCGAUCAUGUUAGAUACCCACAUGGAAAAACGAAAACAGGGAAAGCCAUUACCUAUACAGAAGAAGUCCUCUUCUCUAAAACUUCCACCUCGACUACAAGAAAAAAGGAACUUGUUGUCAUAACAGACGGCAAAUCUACUGACAAUGUUCAGCGCCCUGCCGAACACUUAAAACAGAAAGGUGUCGAGGUAAUGUCGGUUGGUGUUGGCCAUUCCUAUGACAAACACCAGCUGGAAGAAAUCUCCACUUCAACUGAAGAGGUCUUUGAGGUUGAGUUUAGUGGUCUUCAACAAAUAAUAAGCAAAAUGUUGAGUCAUGCUUGUCAGCCAGCAACUACAAAGCCAACUCGUCCACAAAAACCAAGAGCCAUCGCUUUUUAUCCACUGAACGGUAAAACUCGUGGGCGUGACGUAGGACCAAGACGUAACCCCUCUGGUCGUCCAGUACGUGUCCAUCAAGCAUCAGGUCCAGAUGGCUGGCCACAUGGUUCAUACGCCUUCCCCGGCCGAUCAAACAGCUAUAUAUACUUCCCUAACAAUGGUGGCAUUGAUGCUAGAGAGUCUAUUACUAUUCUUGGUUGGGUUUAUCCUGAGAAAAGCGGUCCAAUCUUUCAUUACGGACCUCGUCACUGGGGCGUACAUGUAUGGUUCUUAGCACCUAAUAUCCUCUUUGCACGAUUUUCUCGACGCUCUGGUCGCAAAGUACCUCACAUAAUGAGCCGUCGCUUGAAACCCAGAAAAUGGAGCUACUUUGGUGCCACAUAUGACCAUAAGACUGGGCUGGCAACUCUUUGGAUAAACUCACAACCAGUCGCACAACGUAACAUCGGUGUGAUACGUCUUGCUACCAAUUACCCAGCAGUUAUGGGCAAAAAAUAUGGCGACAAGCGAUACUUCAAAGGUAGAAUCUCUUGUGUCCACGUAUUCGAUGUUGCGUUGACGGGACCAGAGAUUAAAAAACUUACAAGGGUGUGCAUCAAAGGAAUACCAGUACCUACAAGGCCUCCUCCCAAACUUCCUCACAUUGUUGCUAUCUUCCCGCUGGACAAACUUCAUGGCGGAACGGACGUAACAAAGCACAGUCCACCAGGUCGAUUAGUCAACACCAGACCAGCACCAGGCCCAGACGGUCGUGUGGAUGGCUCCACUCAGUUCUUAGGAGAACCCAGUAGCUACAUUGAGAUUCCAAACAGAGGAAAGCUUGAUGCUAGACGCUCAAUGACCAUCCUUGCUUGGGUUUAUCACGAGGGAAAAUCUGGUCCAAUCUUUAAUUAUGAUAUAGGCGGCUUUGGCGUUCACUUGUGGAUGACAAGACCCAGAGUACUUUUCGUUCGAUUCGUCCGUCGCGAUAAACGAUUUACACAAUCCAUCUCUUCUGACAGAAGACCACUCGCCUACCGCGCUUGGAACUACAUUGGUGCAACCUAUGAUUACAAUCGAGGUAUCGCAACACUGUGGGUCGGCUCGAGGCCUGUUGCAAGGAGAAAGAUUGGAAGGUUUGAACUGGCAACUAAUUAUCCAAUCAGAAUUGGUGCUAGAAAAGGAGACAGACGAUACUUCCGUGGAAGACUGUUCUGUAUUCAAGUGUACAGUGCUGCUCUUAAUGAAAGGCAAAUACGACAUGCGCAAAGACGGUGCUUCAAAGUAAGACCAACCACACCGACAGCCAGGCCUACAAAACGACCAACACCGCGAACUGACGAGUGUACACUUCCUAUUGACCUGGGAUUCUUAGUCGAUGGAUCAGGAAGCAUCGUACGUCGCGGAAAACAGAACUUUGAACGCCUAAUCAAUUUCAUAAGAUCUUUUGUGAGCUUCUUUAAAAUCUCAAGUCGUCACACUCGUGUUGGAAUGGUCAUCUAUGGGUCACGGCCGUACAGGAUCUUCCGAUUGAACCGCUAUCGAACAAAACGGUCUGUGUUAAGAGCUAUUGGCAGAGUACGCUAUCCUGGUGGUGGUACAAUGACAGGAAAAGCUUUACGCUCCAUCCUUAGGAACCUGUUCAGGGGACGUACACCCAAAACCCGAAAGCGAGUGCUUAUUCUUCUGACAGAUGGAAUCUCACAAGAUUCUGUCAAAGGACCUGCGCUUGGUCUUAAGAAAGCUGGAGCCGAAGUGUUCACGAUUGCUGUCGGUAAAUCCUACCGACGACAGCAACUGAGGCAAAUUGCAAGUGAUGGAAGUCACAUCAUUAAAGCUUCGUUUAGCCAGCUGCCAACGCUAAUGGUGGGCCUAAAAACCCGCAUUUGUAUAAUUAAACCAACAAAUCCAUCUCCUCCACCAACGCCUAAACCACCUCCAGCACCUCCCAUUUGCAGACGUCGCGUUGAUCUUAGUUUCCUCAUCGACGUAUCGUCCCAAGUCCGUCGAACAAACAUCCGCUACAUUAGACAGUUUGUAAAAGUUCUUGUCAAGAGCUUUGUGGUGUCUCCACGACAAACGCGUGUCAGUAUCGCUAUAUAUUCAUCCCGUACAAAGCGACUUAUUAGUCUAACUGGAGCCAGAAGCCGUGCUAGCGUUUUACGGGUAUUAAGAAGAAUCAGGAUCAAGCGCGGACGCAGACAAACCGGAAAAGCCCUCAACUACGCCAAGAGAUACCUGUUUACAGGAAAACCCCAGUGUGGUAGAAAGAGGGUCCUUGUUGUUUUGACAAGCGGAGUAUCCGUGGACAGGGUCGUACGACCUACCAAAUCUUUAGUAAGCAUUGGCGUGGAGAUCUUUGUCGUUACCACUCAGCGAAGAGGCUUCAGACAGAUAAUACAAAUGGCUACAAGUAGACAGCAUAUCAUCAUGACAUCAUACAGAUCUCUCAUCAGAGUUGUUGCUCGUGUAUCCAAGAAGAUAUGUGUGUCACCUCGAGUCAUCGUAAAGAAAGGAGCUGUUGCAUGGUACAAACUGACAAGUGCCACUGGACCACGUGACAUCAGUAGAAACAGGAAUCCCGCAGCCAAGUUUGUUGGUGUUCGUUAUACUUAUGGUCCAGAUCGCCAUCCUAAGGGUGCUCUUUACUUCAAGGGUAGACGAAACAGUUACGUGUUGAUCCCCAACUCUGGUUGCUUGGAUACCAGAUCAUCGAUCACAAUCGUUGGCUGGGUGUACCCUGAGAGCAGUGGACCCAUCUUCCAUUUCAACCCA